AUGCCACCGCUGGAUGCUGACGACAACGGCAACAUAAAGUCGCAAAGGCGGGUCUCCCUGCAGUCAGGCGUCACCUCAUCAGGUAUGCCGAGCCUGCACGAAAUGGGAGCGGACGCGCACGCCGCAGACACCCCACCUGCCGGCGGUACAACAACCGAAGGAGGCACCGCAGCCGUUGCAUGGGUGGGCGGAAGAGGGUCGGACGCCCCCUCUCACCUGGUCAACAAGGACUGCCAGGGCGAACGGAAACACGGACUAGGAGACGUCUACGCGGACGGUUCGCAUGAAGACGAGGAUGAGGCCGCCACUCUCUUGGGGUCUCAUCACGGCAAGGAGCAAUUGGGGCUGUCAGUGUUCGAUUUCUUCAAGCUUGUCACGCUAGCGUCGGCCCUCUACAAGGCCAUCAUUACUUGGGCCGUCUCCUACGACCGGGACACGGGGCACAUAUGCCCAUCAGACGUCAUCUGCGCCACGACGUUGCCCGAGAAAGUCAUGUUGACCGGGUCCCGUUUUCUUGCGGGCCUCCUGUACGCUAGCCUGUCGGUGUCGGUCGUCUCCAAGUGCUACGCGUCGCGGGCGUACCUCCACCACUCGUGGCUUGGCACCGUUCUCGACUUCGAGCCCGCCCACGAUCUGCACACCUACUUCGGCUUUCUGACCCUCGUGGCCGGCUGGGCGCACGGGGUGCUUCAUCUCGCCCGGGUAAGCUACGCGGAUGAGAAGUUUCUCAUGUACGAAACGCACGCCUUCCGAUCGGGGAUUUUUGCCAUACUGUUGCUGCUGCCCAUCGUGCUACCCAUGAGGUUCAGCUUCUUCCGGAAUAAGAUGACGUUCCAGUUCCGCAAGAGGAUGCACAUGCUCUUCCUCGUCAUGCUGGUGGCGCUCUGCUUCCACAGUGUCGUGUUUAGAUACGUGGCGUCCAUCCUGCUCUUGUGGUACCUCAUCGAUAACUUCUACUUCAUCACCAAGCAGACAUUUUUGGUGUCUCAUCCUACCUACGAGGCCAUCGGGAGGGGCACGAUGGUUGGGAUCGACCUUCCAGAAGGGUACACCUUCAAGGCAGGGUCCUACAUCUACGUGAACUGCCCCGCCAUCGACCGCGCAGAAUGGCACCCUUUCUCCCUCAUCCCCGUCCCCGGUGUCACGUCGAGGGCGGCGUUUUACGCGGAGGCGGUUGGCGACUGGACGAAAGAUCUGUUCCGCCUCGGGCUAGCGAACCCCUCCCAACCUCUGUGGAUCACCGCGGCGCAGCCUAGCCUCAUCGAGACGACGCUGUUUUACGACAACGUGCUGCUCAUCUGCACCGGAGCGGGCAUCACACCGGCUGUCGCCGUCGCCGACAGGUUCGCGGCGAAAAAGAACAUUCACCUGAUGUGGAUCGCGAGGGACCACGGCAUGAUGGCGCUCUUCGAGAAGCAGCUGAGGAUGGUGACCAGCACGGUGCACCUCACCGGCAAUCCCGACGAAGAGAUCAAGGAUGCCAUGUCCAAGCUCCUCUCCCGAUCUACGAACAAGUUUUGCACCAAGAAGGGGAAGUGGGUCGGGGAUGCCGAGGCGGGGGAACUACUGACGCAUACGUCUCUGCACAAGCUGACGCACUCGUCGGUGCACAGGCACGGCGACAGCCUCCAGUCCGUGUUCGCCCGUGCGAGGCAACACUCUCAAGGCACCAUGCUCAGCGACAUCGAAGACGACAGGACGAGGGAAGACACAACCGGCUGGGGAGAGCACGGUGACAUGCCUCCCCCCGUGGCCCAUGACGUCACCCUCAACUUCGGCCGACCCGACAUCGCCAAGUUUAUCCUGGACGCCCUGAACGCUACUCCAUCGGCGACCCUUACCGCGGGCAUCGGCUUGUCCGGGACCGGAGCGACUACGGGGAUAGGAGCGGCGAGGACGUCUCCCAGGUCCAGCGGAAACACCGCAAACGCGGCCACCAAGAGGAUGGACAACCAGGUGACCGAGCACCUCGAUGCAUCCCAGAAGAAGUCGAGGACCGUACUUAUCAGGGCCAGCACCAGCACCGUGGAGAACAUCAAGAAGCAAUCUCGCGACUCGGACAACGCCGCCUCUCGCAAAGGACGGAAGGCCCCCAACUACAAGCCCAAAUCGUUCCCGUGGAUAGUCAUCUACUGUGGUGCCAACGCCAGGGUGGAAGAGGUGAUCGCCUCGACGUGCGACGAGCUGAACGUCACUUGGCGCAAGGAGUACUUCGGGGGCUGGUGAAGGGCUGAGUGGCAGAGCUCGACGGAGAGAAAGAGACAGCAGCAGGCACCCUUGGCCAAGCUGCUGCCUUGUUGUGGUGGAGAUGGGACCUGCUGGCUCGGAGGAGCGCGACACGCGCGGCACAAGGCCUUGCAGUGAGGAUUCGAUCGUGGUCUAUGACUCCAGCAAGCACCAAACAGGAGCAUCAAUAGCAGCUGUUGACUGUCGUAGUGGUGGCACCGAAGACGAUGUUCCGGAACUCCAUGAAUCGGCGGUGACAUCAUCGGCUAUACGUGCGAAGCGAGACCAGAAAUAUCGACACCCAACAAGCGAGAGAAGUGCUGUAGCUGUUUGUCUGGUUUUCGCCGUGCGAUUCGUGCACGUUAGCGCCACGUAUAGCAGUAUUUUAUGUCUUCUGUUGAUGGAAAGGACAGGAUCAUGUCUUCUGUGGAUGGAAAGGACAGGAUCAAGUCUAGUGAACGAGAAAAAUCUUUUGCGUGGAUCAACACGAGGAUAUUGGUUUGGCGAGAGGCCGGCAAGAACAAACAAGCCGUUUGAGCCCUCACCCCGCCCGAUGUACGGGAUGUUUGCCUUUUGACUUUGCACAGUAGUCCCGGUUCGAUGCUGUAGACCAUGUGUGAGACCUGGAUGAACAACAUGAAGUAUAGUCUGUGAUCGACGCUACGGCACAAGAGAGAAUGACUGAUCAUCCUUUCGUUAGUCUGAUCUUUCAUGGUGUUUUUGCUUUGUAUGGUCAUUCCAUCGUCUACCAUCGUUUUCGUUUAGGUUGCGCCUUUGCGAAAUGACCGGAAGCAGCAACUGGGGCCACACAGAAGGAAGGCCGCUGCAGCGUUGUCUAUGGGAACUAAUGGUUGUCAAGUGCAACGUUUUGGUAUGUUUCGGUAUGACACCUGUUCACCCACCAGUGUUCCCGAUGUGGAUCCUGUUCGGAUAGUAGUAACAUAGAUAUCGUGGAUUGUUUUUGUAUUUUUCGUUUUGUGCGUGUUCAUGCGCAGUUUGUUCUUCAUCCAUUGUUGCGGUAGCAGCGACCGUGCUAGCCUGCUGGCGAAGGAAAAAGAGUCGCUGCAAUAGCCUCCGCGGGGCACAUGUGUGGGGCGCUCUCUUUGUGUGAUGGCGUGUGUGUGUUGUGUUGCACUCACUGCUUGACAAAAGGUAAGUGAGGCGUUCCAACUUUGAAGUGCCCCCAUCGCCUCCGGAUACGCCCUCGAACAAUCAAUCAAUGUGGGCUGUGUAUGUAGCUUGUUUUUGCGAAGGUUUUCGGCGUGUGUUUGUGGGGGGUGCGGCUCAAGACGGGGAUGAGCUGUAUGCUAUUGGACUGUUACAGUAGUCAGUUUGAUGCCGUCGUCUUUGUUCAUGACUCAGAAAAAGUGAAGUAGCUUGUGGCAGUAUCAGUGAUUGCGGGCGAACCCCUGCACUACAUACGGAUGUGUCCCUUGCGUCUGGCGAAAAGCGUAAAAAUGUGUGGUGUAUUUUUGUGCUGACCCCAUUUAUGGGGGCAAGACGAUGUGUCAUCUGCCCCGUUCCGUCUCGCACAGGACCUGGUUGUUGUAUUGUUAUGUCACGUCUUUUUCUUGCUCGGCUUUUGGCCUACAACAGUAGUAAAGGCACGUAUAGUUCGUUGUGCUGAAACCCUUUCGUUCUCUGGUGGCUCAUGAGUUUAAUCGGAUACUUGUACGGGCAGAAGCACCCAUUCUUCGUAGAAACCGAAAUCUACCAACAUGUCAGUUC